AUGCAAAUUGCGAACUUCCAGACUCGGAGAAUCCUGAUAGAGAAUGGCAGUUCAGCCAACAUCCUGUUUUGGGACGCUUUCAUCAAGAUGGGCAUCGAUCUGGAUCGGUUGCGCCCGGCCCCAAUGCCACUCAAGGGUUUCAUGGGAGAUGUCGUUCACCUGGCGGGUGCCAUUACCCUCUCAAUCCUGGCAGGAAUGGCACUCAGGACCGCCACCACCAUGACCGAUUUCCUGGUUAUGAAAGCCUCGUCCUCAUACAAUGCCAUACUGGGGCGUCCGACCCUAAACAGUUUGAAGGCGAUGACGUCUACCUUUCACCUAAAGGUGAAGUUCCCCACCGACUCGGGGGUCAGCGAAAUCCGCGGUGAACAAAUCCUAGCCCAGGAAUGCUACGACAGGGAGAUGAGACAUGAGGCACGAGUCGUAGCGGCCAUAGAAGCACCAAAAGAGGCCCCCACGCCUGGGUUACCCCAGGUCCUGACCGAGUGGGACAGGGAAAUCCGUGACAAGCAGGCCCUCAGACAAGCCGCGUCCAACGAACAACUCGAACUUGUAGUAGUAGACCAACUGGAGCCCGGGCGACAAGUCCGAAUCGGUAUUAGGAUGGGCCAGGUAUGA